AUGUUAAUCCUUCGUCGGAAAAAACUCAAGUCGGUUAGAACUCAAAGAUAUCGCAAAGACAAAUUACAGUCCUCAUGUGGCACUUAUUCGCCUCCAGUGCUUCGCUCGAGAAGCAAACGUGACUUGGACGAAAGCUUUGAUGGAAACUAUAUAAUCAAUCUUCCAUUGUUACUUGAUGGUUUGCGCAAAUGUCCAAAGUGCAAAAAAGGCCCACUUUCAUUAAGUAAUAUACUGGAAAGACCCAAACGUAUUGGCUUAGGUGUUGUUUUCUAUGUCAACUGUACCAGCUGUAACAACAAGUGCACCCUGAGACCCUMCCAAACUCACAAAACUGGAACUCAUGGGCCAAACGCUGUAUCUCUCAAUACGCGUGCAGUUUUGGCUAUGCUACAUACCGGACAGGGUCUCASACAUCUGAACGCUGUUCUGUCGUUGUUAGGCAUUGGUUGCCUAUCUGAAGAUACGUUUAGAAAACGAGAAAAAGAAGUUGGUUUAGCGAUUGAGUCAUUGUGCAGGGACAGCUGUUCCCGCUUUCUUGACGAGGAAAAGAAGGCAAGCAGUAUUACUGACGCAGAAGGUGAUCUCCAAGUGUCAGUGUCAUAUGAUGGGGCAUGGCCGAAACGUGGGAAGGCACGGAAUUCGUCAUCUGGUUUUGGGACAGUAAUAGGUGAAUUGACUGGAAAAGUCAUUGACUACCAAGUAAAAUCUACCAAAUGUCGGACAUGCGAAGCAGGAAAAAACACUAUCCAUGAUUGUCGUAAAAACCAUAACGGGUCCGCGAAGUCUAUGGAGGCGGAAAUUGCAGUAGAAUGCUUCAGCGCAGGCCCGAGUAAUGGUGUGAAGUACUCAUCCUAUACAGCUGAUGAAGAUGCAACCACCGAGUCCCACAUCAAGUAUAGAGUCAACUACGAGACCACAAAAAGAACUGAMCGUAAUCAUGCCAGCAGAACACUGGGUAGUAGGUUGYAUGCCAUGCGACCAUCCAUCAAAGGUCUAAAUCCUACGGUGAUCAGCUAUAUUCAAAAGCUCUUUGUAUAUUGUGUAGCAAGCAAUCAAGGUAAUCCAACUGAGUUAAAAAAGGGUUUGGAUUCCCUAAUAAGUCACGCCUUUGGAGAUCAUACUACCUGCAGUGUUACUUGGUGUGGAGCUCUAAAGAGUCCUGACGAGUUCCGGUAUAAAGAUCUCCCUGGUGGAAAGCCACUAAGCGGCGAAAAUCUAAGAUCAGCCAUCGAGAGCUCCAUCAAGCCCUUCCAGGCUGAUGAGUGGAUUAAAAAGUUAUCUAACUGUGGCUCAACGCAAAAAAAUGAGAGUGUAAAUGGCGUCAUUGCCACUAAGGCACCAAAGAUAAGGCACUACGGAGGAUCUGACAGCCUGAAUUUCAGAGUUGCUUCGGGAAUUUCCCAGUUUAACGAGGGCUUUGAAUACUUGAGCAAGACAACCAACAAGCUAGGAUUAGAGGAAUGCAGUAUUACUACGCAAUAUGUACAAAGCAGCUCCAAGAAAAGAWAAAGAGAGCAAAUUAGGAAGCAGAAAUGGCCUGUAAAGAGAAGAAGGAAAGAGCUGAAAAAGAAAAAUACUAGACAGAAAGAAAGCAUGGAAAAGAAGGAGGGAUGUACAUACGAGACGGGAGUGGCAGUCACUCCUGAAGGCAGACUAAUUACACAAGGAAUUUUAAAUAACAUACUAGACAGCCUUAGUGACGAAACCUUCAAUGAAUUUAUAGCUACUGAAGCAGCAGAACCUACUGUUACAUCAGAGGAAGUAGAUGAAAACAUCAGAGUGUUCUCUUUUGAUCUAGAAACAACAGGACUUCCACGAGACUCUGAUAUCAUUCAGAUUGCCUGUGUUCCUGCAAACAAUUUCAGCACAGAAACUGAACAGUUCAACAGCUACGCGGUACCAGAAAAAGAGAUAAAGCCUGCGGCAAGUAAGGUUCAUAACAUGUCGACUUAUUUAGAAAUGGAAAAAAAGUGCUCCUGAAGGACGGAAAGGAAGUGGCUUGCGAUUUGACUCCAAAACAGUCUUUAGAAAAGUUUUUGGACUAUGUCACAAAAGAGAAGAAUAACAACCAAUCGAGGAUAGUUUUAAUUGCUCACAACGGGGACACCUUUGA